AUGUCUUGGUUGUCUGUCCUCCUUUACACCCUCUCAAUACUGGGGACAGCCUCGGCGGCCGACAGCAUUGUUUUCAAAGACCCUGACACGGGCUUCACCUUUUCUCAGUACAAUGCGCAAUACCAGUAUAACAGCCCCAGUACCAUCAGUUUCCGAACCGCCGUCCCUAAUCCGGCCGCGGCUCCAUAUGACGUCGUUCUACAGGUGACAGCCUUGAAGAACGUGGGCUGGCUUGGUCUCGCUUGGGGUGGGACCAUGCUCAACAACCCCUUGACCAUGGCAUGGGCGAACGGAAACUCUGUCACAGUGUCAAGCCGGUGGACGAAGGGACGCUCUAUGCCAACUGCGUACACCGGCGAGACGCUUCAAGUCCUCAAGACCGGGACCAAGGUCAACUCCACGCACUGGCAGGUGACGCUGAGGUGCAGCGGAUGCACCUCUUGGGCCACCACCUCGGGCUCGACCACAACGCUCAACCCAGGCGGCUCCAACAGGCUGGCCUACGCGUACGCCACGGCCGCUCCGUCAACGCCGUCCUCUAACACAUCUUCCUUUGGCGUUCAUGAUAAUUUCGGCUACUGGAGUCAGGACUUUGCCCAAGGGCAGAAUGCGGAUUUCCAGGCUCUGGUCUCGAAAAACAGCUAG